AUGUUGAUCAAAGGCGAGAAGUGGGCUUGCGAGGCUUGCAUCCGCGGCCAUCGUGUCAGCAACUGCCAGCAUGCAGACCGACCCUUGAGCCACAUAAAUAAAAAAGGUCGCCCGGUUUCCCAGUGCCCCCACUGUCGAGGCUUGCGCAAGGCUCGGACGACUCACACUAAGUGCGAAUGUGGUGAAAAGCCCCAUACCAAAGCGGAAUGUCCUGUCAAGGAGACCGGCAACAAUCAAGGAAAAAGCAAUGCUGCUGUAGCCAUGGCACCCGCUGCACCUGCGCCGCCAAACGAGAUUUCAACCUGGACACCGUCCCCGAGCUGGGCCCUCCGCGCAGCAAAGCGCAACCAUCCAGAACUCAAUCCCGUACUUCGGUUACCAGGGUCAAAAUACCCGUUCAAUGUGUCCUCGGGGCCUCCGCAAAGACGUUCUGCCAGUCCACCUUUCCCUUACGUGAAACAGGUCCUUGAACAGAAAUGUUGUCCGCGAGCUCGGAUGCGAUUUACAAAGUGCCCCCUCGCCCAAUAUCGUCGUGUGAGAUCGGAACACGGCUCCCCUGCUAAUACUCCUCUGCUCGCCAUUGAGGAGAUGAAUAACCGGAUUCCUCACCUUGAUAUCUCGCUCUCCCCCUUUACUAGUAAUGCCACAAAUCCACCCUCCACUGUCUUCGAUUAUCCGGACCACAAUCUCGAGCAGUUUUACUCUCCCGAGACCGAAGGAUUGCCGGAGACUCCAAACUUUAACGUGCCGCCAGUCGACUGGUCCACCUUCGGCAUAUCCUACAGCCCCAGCAAUGUCGCCACCACAUUUAGCCAGCCGCCGUCAUAUGCAAGCUUCGACAACAACAACAACAACAACAACAACAACAACAACAACAACAACAACAACAACAACAACAACAACAACAACAACAACAACAACAACAACAACAACAACAACAACAACAACAGCAGCAGCAGCAGCAGCAGCAGCAGCAGCAACAAUGCCAAUCCUUUUACCCACGCUGGCCUUGCCCUCUCCUCCUCCGGUGAGCUCUCAGAGGUUGAAGAUUUCGGCCUCACCUCCAACGUAGGCAUAUCCUACUCCUGCGCGGACAAACUAGACGUGCACAGCGUCAGCGACGGCUCAGAGGCAGGUAUAUACCGUCUCAGCGCUUCCUCCUACGUAAACUAUCCACAGGAGCAGAUGCCAGGAUCCUCGCACAACCUGCAAUCGGUGGACAUCGAUUCAUUCCUCAAGACCGGCGCGGCACUAAGCCAGCCGCCACAGUCCUUCGAUAUCCCCCGCUUCAACAGCACCGAGACUCAAUAA